CAACACUACAGUCACACGUAGGUCAUGGAGGCCACGCCCACUAUAGUUGUCUAGCCCCACCCCUCGGCGCUUCCUCUCCCCUGUGUGGGCGUGGUCAGCCGCCGGCUCCAGCUAACCGUUACCAGCAGUGAGUGACGGUGACAGCGGCUCUGGGGACAAAAACGGGAAGUGGUGACAGCGGAGGCUCCGGACAGCAGAGCCCGGCCAGGACAGGGGGCAGGCAGGGGACAGGUAACUGCAGGCACCCGGACACACACAUGCACCUUGUAUACCUGUACAUGCCCUUUAAAUCCAAUACGUAGCUCUAUAUGUGAGGCUAGUUCUAUCUGCCAGCCGGGUAGACAUGGCAGGGGGCGCUAUACACUGCAUCUGUAGAUAUAUGUUUGCAUAUAGUUAUAUAGGAAACAAUCCAUGUUAGGUGCACUGUAUAGAACUGAUUGCAAGCUCUUUGGUCCAGAACCACCCCACAAAAGCAGCCAGGUUCAUAUAGGUUAAUGGGGUGAUGUAGUGUAGGGUCUGUGUAUACAUCUCUAGGGUCUGUGUAUACAUCUAUAGUGCACAUGUCAGUGUAGUGUAGUGUAGUGUAUGUGUAUACAUCUCUAGGGUCAGUGUAGGGUGUGUGUAUACAUCUAUAGUGCACAUCAGUGUAGGGUCAGUGUAUACAUCUCUAGGGCCUGUGUAUACAUCUAUAGUGCACGUUAGGCUAUAGGGAUCGGCACCUACAGAGUACACAUUUCCUAUGUAAAUACAUUAGGCUCAGACGCACAGUAGGAUUUGCAUAUUGUCACAUCUUCUUGCACAGUAUGGACACCUACACACACCUGUGGUAAGAUUUAGGAGAUCACCUCCCUCCAUACAUCCCAGGGGAUACACGUGCAGAUAGACUUACAAUGAUCCAGGUUUGCCCGUCCCCUGUCACCCGGGCCGCGGUCCUGAAGCGAGUGGCAGCGUUGGCUUUGGCAGCCUAUGGAGCCCGCCGGUUGUACCCGGUGUUAAGACAUCUCUACUUACACUCCUCUCAGAAACAUAAAAAGUCUAAUGGACUCCAGGAAAGUAAAGGAGCCUCAACCUCAGCCUUGACCCAACCCGGGUAUGAGAAAACGGGGGUCAACAGAGUGUUCUUCCGGAGACUGAUCCGUCUGCUCCGCCUGCUGUUCCCCAGGUUGGCAUGCAAAGAGUUUGGCUUGCUGUUGUUGCACUCGUUGGCCCUCAUCUCCAGGACCUUCCUUUCUGUGUACGUGGCUCAGCUGGACGGACGACUGACCCGAUGUAUUGUAAAGAAGCGACCGGCCAGUUUUGUUUUUCAGCUGCUAAAAUGGGUGCUCAUCGCCCUGCCUGCCACCUUCAUCAAUAGCGCCAUACGUUACCUGGAGGGUCAGCUGAGCUUGGCUUUCCGUACCCGUCUGGUUGCCCAUGCCUACAAGAUGUACUUUGGAAACCAAACUUACUACAGGGUGAGCAACAUGGAUGGGCGAUUGAGGAACCCCGACCAGUCCUUGACAGAAGACGUAGUGGCUUUCGCCAGCUCUGUAGCCCAUCUCUAUUCCAACCUGACCAAACCCGUGUUGGACGUGGUGGUGACCACUUACACGUUGAUCAGCACAGCCAAAUCUAAAGGUGCCGAUACGGGAUGGCCGUCUGCCAUUGCGGGACUCGUGGUCAUCAUUACCGCUAAAGUGCUGAGAAGCUGCUCACCGAAGUUUGGCAAGUUGGUAGCGGAAGAGGCGAGAAGGAAAGGAGAGCUGCGGUACAUGCACUCGAGGGUCGUGGCCAACUCUGAAGAGAUUGCCUUCUAUGGAGGUCACAAGGUGGAGAUGUCCCUACUACAGCAGUGCUACAAGGACUUGUCCUCACAGAUAAACCUCAUCCUGCUGGAGAGGCUGUGGUAUGUGAUGCUGGAGCAGUUCCUCAUGAAGUAUGUAUGGAGCGCGUCCGGCCUCGUCAUGGUAGCCGUGCCCAUCAUCACCGCCACUGGAUAUUCUCAGAGUGACUCAGAGGAAGUGAAGAGAGCAGCAAUGGAAAUGAAAGAAGAGGAACUAGUAAGCGAACGCGCCGAAGCCUUCACCACUGCAAGGAACCUGCUGACCGCAGCGGCUGACGCCAUAGAGAGAGUAAUGUCCUCCUAUAAAGAGGUGACUGAACUGGCCGGUUACACAGCUCGGGUUCAUGAUAUGUUCGAGGUCUUUGAGGAUGUGCAGAAAGGUGUCUACAAACGUCCCGGAGAAUUUGAAGGAGGUAAUCCCAAGGAAAGUGAUGUCAUUCAACAUGGGGUUCGCAUUGAAGGGCCCCUGGAGAUAAAAGGAAAAGUUGUGGAUGUGGAGAACGGCAUCAUAUGUGAGAACAUUCCCAUUGUUACCCCAACAGGCGACGUGGUUGUUGCCAGCCUCAAUAUCCAGGUUGAAGAGGGGAUGCACCUUCUGAUCACUGGACCCAAUGGCUGCGGGAAAAGCUCAUUGUUUCGCAUAUUGGGAGGCCUGUGGCCUGCAUAUAGUGGCGUGCUGUACAAGCCUCCUCCACAGCAUAUGUUUUACAUACCACAAAGGCCUUACAUGUCUGUGGGCACCCUGCGAGAUCAAGUCAUCUACCCCGACACAGCCAGUGACAUGAAAAUGAAAAACUUCACUGACAAGGACCUGGAGGCCAUCCUGCACAUCGUGAAUCUGAACUAUUUGGUGCAGCGAGAGGGAGGCUGGGACUCUGUGAGUGAUUGGAAAGACGUUCUGUCAGGAGGAGAGAAGCAACGUGUUGGAAUGGCGCGAAUGUUUUACCACAGACCAAAAUACGCCCUCCUGGAUGAGUGCACGAGUGCUGUCAGCAUUGACGUGGAAGGCAAGAUCUUCCAAGCUGCAAAGGAUGCUGGGAUUGCCCUGCUGUCUAUCACCCACAGGCCAUCUUUAUGGAAAUACCACACUCACGUUCUGCAGUUUGACGGCGAAGGUGGCUGGAAGUUUGAGAAGCUGGACACCGCCGCCCGGAUCUCGCUCACCGAGGAGAAGCAAAGACUCGAGCAGCAGCUCGCCGGAGUGCCAAAGAUGCAGCAGCGGUUCACUGAACUGUGCCAGAUCCUGGGAGAAGAUUCCGAAGUGUCCGGCGGUGAAGACGGCCAGAAAGCUGAACAGCCUAUGUAAGGACAUUCCUAGGCGGUCUCAGCUACCAUCGCUGUUUCAUGCUGUCAAGGUGUGUCCAGCCCAUCGCCUCACCAGUACCCGCCGUGCAGCACGUACUACCCACACCUGCCUUUCCCUUUUCUUUCUUUUUUUUUUUCUCUAUAAUUUAGAUUAAUUGUCUGUAGGAUACAGCAGACCAUAAUAACUCAGAUCAUCCUGGUAGGCAAAGAGUCGCUGGGCACCCCCUUGACUAGUUUCCGACACUGAAUGUGUGGUCAUCCUGCUACAGGCAGGAGUCAUUUCUGUCCUUUUUAGAAACCUAUAGAGGGUUUCAAUCCAGAAAAUGUGAAGGAAAGGAGCCCCUCUGCAUCAGGUAAGGGCAUCCCAGAUUGUGUAGGGUUAACAUGAAAGGAUUACAUACCGCCAGCCGAUUCCACCCUCGCCUUCUGCACGAGUAUCGGGGAGAGGCUUUAUACCGUGCGGCCGGACCUGUACAGUUCUUACCUUAGGCUGCAAAAGUAUUCAACCCCCCUAUAUCAGUGGUCCGCAGGUUGAAGACCACUUCCCUAUAUGUUCUUUAUAUGCAAAGUAGUAAUGGAAUCCAACCCUACUCCAUGACUAAGCCUCACUAUGGACACUGUGAUGAUUUGGGCUUAGAAUAAUUUAACCGUUAAAGGGGGUUAUCCAGGAAAAACUUUUUUAUAUAUAUAUAUAUAUAUAUAUAUAUAUAUCAACUGGCUUCAGAAAGUUAAACCGAUUGGUAAAUUACUUCUAUUAAAAAAUCUUAAUCCUUCCAAUAAUUAUCAGCUGCUGAAGUUGAGUUGUUCUUUUCUGUCUGGAAACAGUGCUCUCUGCUGACAUCUCUGCUUGUCCCGGGAACUGCACAGAGUAGAAGAGGUUUGCUAUGGGAAUUUGCUUCUACUCUGGACAGUUCCCGAGACACGUGUCAUCAGAGAGCACUUAGACAGAAAAGAACAACUCAACUUCAGCAGCUCAUAAGUACUGAAAGGAUUAAGAUUUUUUUUUAAUAGAAAGAACUAAUUUACAAAUCUGUUUAACUCUCUGGAGCCAGUUGAUGUAUAAAAAAGAGUUUUUUCCUGGAUAACCCCCUUUAAAUUCCUUAUUCUGAUUAAAUUGAAGUGGUGCCUGUCAUGCCACUGGCACCAUUUGUAUAAUGAGUAUCAUUCUGUAAUUCAUCGAGUGAUUGUACUGUAGCUGUGGUGUCCUGAAGGUUCAGCUGUAGAGGGAAAAGUUUAAGAAAAACAAACACUUUUUUUCUUUUUUAUUCUUUUUUUUAUCUCUGCUUGCUGUCAGUGAAUGAAACUUGAGGUUUCCAUUCAAAAGCUAAAAAAAUCUGCAUAGCAUAGACCUAAUACUUCUCAUAAGGCAAACCUCCACAAGCUAAACGCAUGCAUCAGCAACAGCACAAAUGUCUUCUCGGUUCUGCAGAUUUUCCUUAAAGGGGUACUCCGGUGGAAAACUUUUUUUUUUUUUAUUUUUUUUUCUUAACUGGUGCCAGAAAGUUAAUCAGCUGUUUGCUACAGAGGAAAAUCUUUAUUUUUUUGAAUUUCUUUUUUGUCUUGUCCACAGUGCUCUCUGCUGACACCUGAUGCCCGUAUCAGGAACUGUCCAGAGCAGGAGAAAAUCCCCAUAGCAAACCUAUGCUGCUCUGGACAGUUCCUGACAUGGACAGAGGUUUCAGCAGAGAGCACUGUGGACAAGACAUAAAAGAAAUACAAAAAGUAAAGAAUUUCCUCUGUAGUACUCAGCUGCUAAAAAGUACUAAAAGGAUUAAGAUUUUUUAAUAGAAGUAAUUUACAAAUCUGUUUAACUUUCUGGCACCAGUUGAUUUAAAAAAAAUAAAAAAAAAGUUUUCCACUGGAGUACCCCUUUUACGGGUAUCUCCACAUUAGCAACCGUGUUAUCGCAGUAAUUCAUCUAAAAUAGCGAAUGAAGCAACUUUACAAUAUAAAAACAUAAACAUAUAUAUAUAUAUAUAAGAUAGAGGUGCAUUUAUUAUUCUAGAGCAUGGUUUCCCAACCAGUGUACCUCCAGCUGUUGCAAAACUACAAUUCCCAGCAUAUCCAUACAGCCAAAGGCUGGAGGCACACUGGUUGGGAAACACUGUUCUAGAGGCUUCAGGGCAUACUGGGAGUUGUAGAGUUGCAACAGCUGGAGGCACUCUUUUUGGAUAAACCCCGUUCUAGAGGCUUCAGUGCAUGCUGGGAGUUGUAGAUUUGCAACAGCUGGAGGCACUCUUUUUGGGAAACACAAUUCUAAAGGCUUCAGUGCAUGCUGGGAGUUGUCACCUUGCAACAGCUGGAGGCACACUCGGUUGGGAAACACUGUUCUAUAGGCUUCAGAUCGCUAAUCCCCUGUACCAGGCAUUGUAUAGUAAUGUCAGAAAAAAAAGCUGAGCUGUUAGGGGCUUAUUUGUCGACAGACGUGUUGACUGUUACUGGUAGCGACAAGCAGAAUUGCGCAUGAAGCUCUGGGGUGCAAUACAAUUCAAAAUCAGUACAAGAAAAGUGGGUUAACGCUUUAUGUAUUUUAUUUUCCUAUAUAUAUAUUAUAAAAUGUAGUUCACAUGUAGACACACCUUGUCUAUAGACACAUUAUUUCUAUUGUAUUUUUCCCUAUUCAUGCGGGUGGGCCCGUUCAGCGCAGAGGUGAGACAAUCGCAUGAGAUAACGCUACCCUGAACUCAUGGCGCUGAAAGAGUAGAAGUGUCACCCGGCGGCUCGGGGAGAUUGCAUCUCACCUAAGCACUUAAGCAGGCCAAGAUUUACAGGCCCGCACAUUCCCUGUAAGCCGGCGUGUGACUGCGAGGCGCCUCGACUUGUACAUUAGCUCUCAUUAUGAUUCCAUGUUUGAUAAAACCCCAAUACAGCCGCUGACAGACAUCUGGAAUGGAUCCCCGGCAUGUAGUCAU